AUGUUUUUACACACCAAGAAUGAUUUAAUCCAGAUCAAGACACACCGAUGUCUCUGCAGCGCAUGCACAGUGCGCUUCAGAGCCUCAAUUUACUUGACAGCCAGGAUAAGUCGUGCUUCUCCGGGGGGAACACAGAUGAAAUGCAGCCUGAGUUUGGAGGACAUUGACAUCGUGAGGGUCUGUUGUAGUUCAGCGGCUGAGGAGGAGACAAAUGGGGACCCAGGUAAAUUAAAACCAUAGUUAAAAAUAUCAUUCAUUGGACUAUGACGCUAAAGAACUGUAUUGAAAUGUAAAUGUAUUUUUAAUAAUUAAAACCAACAAUUUUGAAACAACCCCGAAUUAGUCAAGACGUUAUUGGCCCUAACCCUGCCUCUUGAUGCUACAUGACAGCGUGUGUCUCAUCCUGUUGCUCAUGCCAAAACAUCUAUUUCCAUUAACAAUAUGAUCAGCAUUGUUGAAUAGACAUUCACAAAAUUACUAUUUAAAAUAAAUAAAUUAUAACUAAACCUAAUUCCAUUUUGGAAAUGUUUAUCCAAACAUAACAAGUUCAUGGCAAUGACGAGGCCUAGGCUAUAACUUUAGGAUAAAAUAAUGCUUAGUAAAGGGUCAUGAAUUAUUUACCUUCUAUAGAAAACGUUAUGGUCGUAUGCACAUCCUGAAAAAACGUAGGUGCUGGGCUAAUAAAGUAGACUUGUACAAAACAAAUUGAGACCCGCACACUGAAUAUGCUCCCAAUUACCAUCUUUAUUGACAACGUUUCGGUCCAAAGUUUUUGUAUAGCCUAAAGGAGUGCAUGAAGCAAUUUCAAUUGAAGUAGGCCUAUGCCUAAAUUAUGGGUCUUACAUUGCUAUUUCUUAUUAUUGCAGGUAUGCGUGUUGACGGUUCGUUGGGUUGUCAUGGGAAAAAAGACAAUACCUUUCCAGACAAACCAAAGCAAAGAUUGCGCAGAAUGCAACGGGUGCUGUUUUCCCAAACAGGUUUUUAAGCUGGAACGGCGUUUCGAACAGCAGAGGUACAUUUCUGCACCAGAGCGCGGGACCACCUCGCCAAUUAUUUUAAGCUUACUUCCACUCAAGUCAAAAUCUGGUUUCAAAAGAGGAGGUACAAGUGCAAGCCGCAAAGACAAAUCUCUGGAAUUGGCUGGAUACCCGCCUUCACCACGGGUGGCAGUGCCUGCUUUG